AUGCAAGAAGUGAGCGAAGGCGUGCUGGAGGGUCCCCUCACAGAGCAGCAAGUCGAAGAGAGAUAUGGUGGGGCAUGGAUCCCAGUUCGUCGCUUUGGCGUGUGGCAAUCGUCUUCAGGCAAGCAGAAGCUCCGACCAAUUGAUGAUUAUUCGGAAAACAAGGCUAAUCUAGCUUUUGGUUACGCUGAUAAGAUUGCUCUGAGAGCUUUAGAUCAGCUUGUUUGCUCGGUGAGGUUGUGGAUGCAGCAAGUCCUUGCUGAUGGCAAGGUGGCCAUUGAGUUGUCGGAUGGUUCGUGCCUGCGUGGGUCCAUCCAUCCGUGCUGGCGAGAAGAGGGACGGUUGCUCGAGCUCGCCGCAUUGGACUUGCGUGCAGCUUACAAGCAGUUUCCACUGUCCCCGAAAAGCCGAGCUUUGUCCGUCUUAGUGUUGAAGAAUCCAGUGUCGAAGGAGGUCGCUUGCUUCGAGGCUAAAGCUCUGCCAUUCGGGGGCACAGCAAGCGUUGUGCACUUCAACAGAGCCGCAAGGCUGCUGUGGGCCAUAGGCCAACACCUGCAUGUGUGUUGGCUGAAUUUCUUUGACGAUUACCCAAUCCUGACGCCUAGGGUAUUGGCCGGUUCGACAAAGCAAACACUGAAAGCCCUUGUUGAUCUGCUUGGCUUUGAUUGCUCUUGGGAGAAGUGGCAGGACUUCUCUACUCGCGCCACAAUGCUUGGGGUGGAAGUUGACCUUAGUGAUGUUGCGUCGGUUGGCGUUAGGAUUCGCAAUAAGGAAGGCAGGGCCGGCCAAGUUGUCUCCACUGUUGAGGAGCUUCUGCGAAAAGAGAGCAUGCCUGCUCGUGAACUUCUGAGUGUGAUGGGACGAAUCCAGUUUGCAGAUGCCCAAGUUAUGGGGCGGACGGGAAGGCUCGCGCUUGCCGAGAUUCGUCGGUGGUCUAGAAACCAUGUUGACCGUGUUACCGUAGGGCGUGAGUUGAUGGAAGCCUUCGGGUCCUUACCGACCGGCUCUCAAGUGGGACGCAGCCAGGAUAGCUAUGUCAAGGGCACCUCGACGAGCGCUAUCAUUCGCUCCCUGUUAGUCUCCUAUGAGAGGAUUGAGUCGAACGGGGCUUCUUGGCCUUGGUUCGCCCGGGUACGACGGUAUUGUCAAGGAGCUCGCGGCGAAGCGCGACGUGUGUCUAUGUCCCAUGACAGGCAGGGAACUUUGUGA